AUGGAGAGCCGGGAGCUCUACGAGACACCCAGUUCUGGCAGCGGCCAGCCUGGCCGCCGUGCGCACUGGGAGGCAGUGACUCGGAGUUCUGAUCCAGUGCAUGUGAUCAUCGGCCUGGGCGUCCCAUCGUUGCUGGAUGACGAGUGGCUCCAGUCUCCUGCAAAGGACGCCGAGAUGCUGUGCCAUGAGAUCCAGGCAUGUGGCCUUUGUCCAUCACCUAUCUUGGUAAUCGAUGAUGAGCAUUCGAAGCACCAUCGCAGCAGACGCUCCAUUGAGAACUCCCUUCGGGAAGCCGCAGCAAAGCUAAAAAGGGGGUCCAAGCUGUUGGUGUAUUACGGAGGGCAUGCAUAUAUGGACGACUGCAGCAGAGCUGGCACGCUGGUGUUCCCAGGAGGACUUCAGUGGAAAGAAGAGUAUUUCCAUUUGGAGCAUUUGGUCCGACAAGUUCUCGGUGAUCACGACAGUGUGGACGUUCUCGUCAUGGUCGCGGCCUGCCGACCCAGCUUCAUGAACUCUGCCCCGACAGCUAUUGUUGAAGUGUAUUUGGAACAUUUUCGCGAACACGGUACUCCUUCUACUGAUGAUCGCAAGAACAACUAUGUUUUCUUUUAUGCAUGUGAUGAUGGAACAUCUAUGGAAGAUUCAUGCCUUUUUGCAGAGUGCCUUGGGUACCUGCUGCACAAAGAGCCCCAGUAUGUGAGUUCUUUAUUGGAUGCUUUGGAAUACGAGGCCGAGUUCCUCACCAUUGGAGAGCUCCAACCUUCUUGGCAUCCGCGCAAGGCUAUGGCGACUAGAAUGGAGUUCUUGAGUGGCAAGCCUUGCAUGCCAGAUCGCCUUAAUGAUGGCGACCUUCAACAUUGGGAGUCCGCAAGCUUGCUUCGACUGCAUCUACGGAGAUUAGCGCACCAUCAAUUGAGGCAAAAUGUGGAGCCAUUACCGGGCAGGUAUGAACAGAUAAGGCAACAGGUUGCAAAAGUUCUCAGCAUGCAUACUGCACAGGAAUGGGGCACAUUCCAUUUUUGGAAACAUUUUUUGUCACAGCCUGCUUUGCCACAACUGUUGCAUUUCCUGAGUCAGAGCAGUGUGCAGACGUCUACAUCCACUGACUUUCAGCAGAUGCUGAAUCUUCCUGAUUCCUUUCUAGAGAUUGUCUUUGAUGCGUGCAAGAGUUGCGAGGAAAAGAAUGGUUGUGAUGUUGAUGUGCUUGCUGUCCAAAACCUUCUGGAUCAGUGCGGAGCCUACUACAAAGAGAUCCCAACUGAAGAGCUGCAACAUGUGUUUGAAGCGGCAUACGUCUUUUGCUCUUCCGACACCCCAAGCUUGACUGCAACUCAAGCAAACAGAUUGGCCACAUGUAUUCAAAAGGGUUGCGCUGCUCUUGGUAUCCACGACCCAUGCGUCCUGAUUGGAAAGGGCAGUGUUUGGGUGAUUCUACUUCCUCCCCCUACUCCACUUUCUCGGUGGCAACGUGCGGACAUAGUCAGCUGCUUUCAAGAGUUCAUUGAGGAAAUGAAAGUCGAGUCGUUUCUCUGGAGGCUUGCAAAGACACCCCGAGAAGUAUCACCUUUUUUGGUUCCGUUUGCUUUGAGGCAAGUGGUGCAACUUGUGCAAUGCAUGGCGUCAUGUGUGCCGCUUCCACCAGUCAUUGUGAUGAAUGUUAGAGGCUUUCGUUCUUUGGCACUGAACUGGCUAAAGCUUACUCGUCAGAAUCCCAAUUUGCACGAGUGGCAGCUGCGUUUGGUCCAUCGUGGUAGAGAUCUUCAUGAUGAUCAGUGGAUUCAGUACGCUGAAGGUCUUCGUCUCAUCCUUUGCCAAGACUGGACGUCGCUUGUUGAGGCCGAGCUCACAGGUCGCUUGCUUGAGUCAUCCCGCCCACUUGCAAGAAGGCGAGGAGGCCAUAAUCUGCUGGAGAGCCAAGAGUGUGCUCCCUUGGUGUACCUGUCCGAAGCAUUGCGAAGGAAGGGUGAGAAGGGAUUGGAAGCAUUGGAUCCAUUCCCGUUGCCCAUCGCACAACCACAGCAGCUGGCGCGGGCAUUGUUGAUCCUGUAUGGUGGCAACCAGCUAUCUCAGGAGCUUACCACGCCGCAAGGAGGAGCUAUGAAUGGGCCAGGCGAUCGCUCGGUGGAAGUGAGCUUGAUAUCAGGGCGAAGGAAGAUAAUCCCUCUUGAUGAUGGAGGUCCAAUCACCGUAGGCGUGCUGCGUGGUUUGAUCGCAGAAUCUUUGGAUGGCGAGGAGGGGUCCCAGAAGACUUAUGGUGGCCGUUUGAUCGACGACCCCGGGCGCAUUCGCUUGUAUGUGAAUGGCAUUGGGCCUGCCUUGGACUUCCCCCUCAGCGAGGAGGAUCGCCGCAGGAAGGAAAUAACAGCGCUGAUCCAAGAUGCAACGCAAGAGCCGCAACACCAAGAUGCUUGGUUAGAAGCAGUCCAGAGUUUGUUUGAAGCCAGAUUCGGUGCUGAUGUGGAGCAUGAUGCUGAGUACACGGAGAUCAUGGAAUGGGUAAAACAUUUUUUGGCUGUGGAGGCAGGAUGUUGUCGUGGUGGCCCACAAACGGGUCUAGAUGCUGCAGUGCGAGAUGAGCUUGUUGCUUUCUUGAAGGAGGUCGUCCCAAAUAGUGCCAGUUUGAAGCAGAUUUACAAGGAAAUGAAGGAAGAGAAUGAGCUGGUGGCGGGCAAGGAGUUGCUCACUGUUUGCUGCGUUUUCAGCUCAGCUUUGCUGGAGGAGAAGGCCCGCUACUUGCACGCCGUCUUCGACGCGUCGGGGCGUGGCUUGGGCACCGGCCAAGAGGUGGCGUCCAUUUGUCUGAUGGUCCUGCUGGUCUUGGGGAAGGUCAAGGGCACCGUCGCCAAGGCCAAGGAGGUGACCCCACAGCUUCAGCUGGAACUGGAGACCUUGCUACCUCCCUAUGCUGAAGCUGUUCAGCAAGUGGGAAGCAAAGAAGCCUUUCAGAAGGAGCGCGUCAUCGGCCAAUUGGAGAUCGACCGGAUCCUCACCCCUUCCAUUCGUGAUGCCUAUGAAUCUUUGCCGCUCCACACCGACCCCUUGGGCGAGACCGAGCCGCCCCCUCCCGCCGGCUGGGCCGGCCGCGCGUCCGUGGCGCCGGCGGGCGCCGCCGACGGCGGCGGACCGCGCGCGGGCGACGGCCUGCAGCGGAAGCAGACGGAUUCGCUGGCGCCGGGCGCCGAGCCGUCGGAACGGCACCUGGCGUGGUUCCAGCGGAUGGACACACAGAGCAUGGGUUCUGAGCUGGAUAACUCUGGAGAUUUGCAGGACACCAUCCAUCGAUGGCUGAUCAUACAAAACCAUGAGUUCGCGGCGAUCGCCAAAGAUUUGCCUGGCUUCAGGCAGCUCUUCUGCAAAGGUUUAUGCUCUGCCUUGGGCCUUCCGGCACAUGGCAAUUGUGUGGAGGUUCUCAAUGUGACCAACGGCAGCAUCAUCGUCGAGUUCCUCAUGCGGCCACGUGCCCACACUGAUUCGCGGAGCGCUUUCGAGCUGAGUCAGCUCUUGGAGAAGCAGCUGAGCUCGCCCUACAGCGCCUUGCGACGAGGGCCCUUAGGCAAAUUCCUGGGGAACGCCUUCCUUCUUUCGGCCUCUCCACAGACGGUGAAUGAUCCAGAGCUCACAGGGAUCGAAGAAGAAGAGCCAGAGGUGAAACUGCCGGCCACCGUGCAGGAUGCCGAGGCGCAGACCAACACCUUCGAACUGGGCACACCAAGGGCUGUCGUCCUGAAGGGUGCAGCCGCCUCGGGCGCUUGCACGCGCCAGGAGGAGGAAGAGGCCAUGGAGAAGCUGCGUGAAGCGGUGCGCUUGCUGCAGGACGCGCGACAGCGGCAGAAGAAGGCCAAGGAUGGAGAGACGCUUGGCUGCAGGAGAUCAAGAAGCGUGAUGUGCUGA